CGUCAAACCAAUCCUAUUGUGGACCGAGGGCUGAUUUGGGCUGAUAAUCCAACAGUAUGAUACUAUCAUACGUGAGACUGUUCCCGACAAACCUACAUCCUCUCUCCACAACUAAUCACUUGCCCAUUCACCCGCUCGUUCGACUCAUCUCCCCUCUUUGUUGACCACAUAAUAUUAUCAUGUCAUACAUUCACACACAAGCACCCAGAUACUAAAUAUUUACAUGUCAUUCAACCUCGCAUCCUCAUCAGCCCCCCCCUCAUCGCAAACACACGCAUUGUCCUCCCCACAAGCAACUAACCAUAGCAUGGCUGCGACGCUCCCCCAAAUAAACUUUGGUUUCGAAGAGCUCAAAGACCGGAUGGCAAGGUUCACCGUGCGAUUCGACGACUUUAUCGAGAAGGGGCGCCGGAGGAUUCUCGAGGAGAAGAAUGAGUUUGCGAAGACGAUUGUUGAGGAUAAAGAUACUCAGAGGAUACUAAAGAAGGAGAUUGAGCAUUACAAGCAGAAGGAGAAGGAUGUCUCAGAGAAUGUGGCAAAGGAGCAACUGGAAGCCACCGAAGCAGAACACACGAUCGCAGAAAUGGACCGCAAGAAGCAGUCCAGGCUGGAGCACAAGGCUCACUUAGUCGCGCAGAUUGAAGCUACACAGGAAGCCAUCCGAAAAAAGCGAGAGAUUCGAGCUGAGGAGCGCAAAGCACUCUCCUUCCAAUCUUCGCGCAACGCCCCUGAACUCGCCUUCUGGGAGGACCAUCUUGGAAUGCGCAUCGAGGGCGCGGGCGUAACAGACCAUCUUAGGAUUGUGUACACCCACAUUGUUGAUUCAGAUUGGUCAAAGGAGUUUUCUUUCAUUAUUAAUAUGGUUACAAGAGAUUAUGAAGUCAUACAAUGCCGACCAAAGCUUGAUUCUGCGUUGGUGGGGAAGUGGGUUGAUCGGUUGAACGAGACUCGGGAUCUGACAUGCUUUCUGAAGGAGAUGAGGCAGUUGUUUAAGGAGUAUUCAUCUUCUAGAGGGGAGUAGUGGGAUUUGGCACUCGAGGGAGGAAUGGAGGAAGUCGGUUGGG